GUUAACAUUAUUUACCGAAUUGAGUUAAUAUCAAUAGUAAAUCAAGAGCUUCUCUUAUUUUCACGAGCAGAAACUCCCCGCUAUUUACCUACGGACAUCCCGAUUGGCGGAGUGAUAAACCGCGGCCGAGGAUAAGCAACCAGCCACUAUCUUUGUGUUGCACUUCCUUCCUCAGCCUAAUUUGCAUCAAAUAACUCUGGCAAUUGCUGUACACAACUCUCCUAGCCCCACUACUGUAACAUUGGAGUUUGAAAUGUCUGUAUCCAACGAUCCUACUACAAAGCUCUACGAUGCGGUGAUCGUGGGAGCCGGACUUAGCGGCCUUCAAGCCGCGCAUUCCAUCCAGGCAGCAGGAUUCAGCGUGUGUAUCCUGGAAGCUACGGACCGAGUGGGUGGGAAGACGUUGACCGUAAAAUCCAGCGAGAAGGGAUACAAUGAUCUAGGAGCGGCUUGGGUGAAUGAUACGAACCAGACGGAGAUUUUCAAACUUCAUCAGCAGUAUGGACUGGAUGGGGUGGUUCAGUAUACUUGUGGAGAUGAUAUCCUCGAGUCAGGCGAGGGGGUGAUCCGCAAAAUACCGUAUGGAUUGCCAUUGACUGGGCUUCCGAAGAAAUUGUUGGAUAUUCUCCGUAUUGAGUCCUCACGGUUAGACUUGGACGAUCCUACGAGUUUUCCAGGGGCCACAGAAGUGGAUAAUCUGACGUUCAGGGACUUUUGCGUCGAGAAGACUGGAUCGGAGGAUGUUAUUCACAUUACAGAUGCUAUUUCAACGGCGCUGCUUGGAUUGAAUAGUAACGAACUCAGUGCUUUGUAUAUGCUCUGCUACUUCAAAAGUGGGAGUGGGAUCGACAAUCUGCUGUCAGAUGAGAGAGACGGAGCACAGUAUCUGCGGACAAGACAAGGAACCCAAACCAUCGCCCGGAAGAUGGCAGAUGAGCUCAGCCAAUCGGACAUUUUUCUGGGCAUGCCCGUCACUUCAAUCAAUCAGACUGACGCUGAUGCUCACUGCGUGGUCCAGACACUUGACGGAAGUUCUUUUCGCUGUCGACGCGUUAUCGUGUCUAUCCCUACCACCUUAUACCGGAGCGUCUCCUUCCACCCCCCACUUCCACAUGCAAAACAGGUAUUAAGUGACCAUACGAUCAUGGGAUACUACAGUAAAGUGAUCUUCAUCUUCAAAGAACCAUGGUGGCGCGACGCUGGACUUACCGGAAUCGUCGACUGUGCGGGUGGCCCCAUAACCUUUACACGGGACACGAGUGUACCCACCGAUGACCAAUGGUCUAUCACAUGCUUCAUGGUGGGCAGUCGCGGACGAGCGUGGUCUAAGCUGUCAAAAGAUGAUCGAUACAGCCAAGUGUGGGAGCAGUUUCGCCGAUGUUUUGAAGAGUUCGUGGAAAACAUCCCCGAGCCAGUAAAUACCCUGGAGAUGGAAUGGAGUAAAGAGCCUUAUUUCCUUGGAGCACCUUGUCCGGCUAUGAUACCCGGCUUACUGACUACUGCCGGGAGUGAUCUAGCUGCACCGCAUGGCAAAGUGCAUUUUAUCGGAACAGAAACGUCCACAGUGUGGCGUGGGUACAUGGAGGGGGCUAUUAGAGCCGGGCAGCGAGGAGGAGCCGAGGUUGUGACGGCACUGCAGGAAGACUAGUUGUCUUGGCUAGGCACACAUAUCCCGAAGUGUCUCUGAUAAACCUUGGAUCCAGCAGCGUUCCGAUGAGAACCGGAUCUCACAGUGGGUCAGCCACGGAGAUGUCCGUGUGCUUUUCUCGGGGAAUAUUCGUUAGAUCUACACCAGUGGGAUAAAGUCAGUACCAUUAAGCAACAAAGUGACGUUUACACGUGGCUAGCAGCGAAAAAUUGUAGCCAUGUACCUGAAUGAACCGUGGACGGAGGAGUUCGUGAGUGGCUGGCUGCAGAAUCCCAUUGUCCCCACCAGCUCCUCCGUGAUGCC